AGAUCCAGUCAGGAGUUUAAAGGGCAGAGUUGUAAAAACUCCCAGGCAGUGGGGAGUCGGAUUGCCUGACGAUAGACUCCAAAAAAAUACCACAAUUACCCGAAGAAAAACAGCUAAUAUUGAUGCAGCCUAACUGGAAUAAUCUUUCCGAUAACUGUUAGCAAGGAACCGAAGCGGAAGCCACCAGAAGAGAAAAACACGGUCGUUUAAUGAGCACGAGGAGAUUUUCCUGCGGAGCAACAAGCGUUUCUCGUCCACCAGCACUUCUGAGUCCCCACUGAUCACUACUGCCUUGGAGGUUUUUGCAGCACUCAACGAAAGCAGCUAUGCAGCUUGAAAUCCAAGUAGCGCUGAACUUCAUCAUUUCAUACCUGUACAACAAACUCCCGCGGCGGAGAGUCAACAUCUUCGGCGAGGAGCUGGAGAGGCAGCUGAAGAAGAAAUACGAAGGACACUGGUACCCCGACAAGCCAUACAAAGGAUCCGGGUUUAGGUGCAUCCAUGUGGGCGAGAAGGUGGAUCCGGUCGUGGAGGAAGCAGCCAAAGAAAGCGGGCUGGACAUCGAGGACGUCCGCAAUAAUUUGCCUCAGGAUCUCAGCGUUUGGAUCGACCCUUUCGAAGUGUCCUAUCAGAUCGGGGAGAAGGGAGCGGUUAAGGUGCUAUACGUGGACGAUAGCGGAGAGAACGGCUCCGAGCUGGACAAGGAGAUCAGAAACAGUUUUAACCCGGAGGCUCAGGUCUUCAUGCCAAUAAGCGACCCGGUGGGCGUCUCAUCCGAGUCCAGCUCGCCGUCGCCGCCGCCGUUUGGCCAGUCUGCGGCCGUCAGCCCGUCCUUCAUGCCACGCUCCACCCAGCCUUUAACCUUCACCACCGCCUCGUUCGCUGCAACCAAGUUCGGCUCCACCAAGAUGAAGAACAGCGGCCGAAACGGCAGCAAAGUCGCACGCAGCUCUCCCACCAACCUGGGUCUGAAUGUCAACAGCCUCCUCAAGCAGAAAGCCAUCUCCAGCUCCAUGCAUUCGCUCUACGGUUUCGGCCUGGGAGCUUCGCCUCCGCAGCAGAAAGCAUCUGCCCUCUCGCCCAAUGCCAAGGAGUUUGUGUUCCCCAACUUGCAAGGCCAAGGGAGCUCCGGAGGCGCGACGUUCCCAAGCGAAAACCCACUCAGCCUCAGUCCUCUGCAGUACAGCAAUGCCUUCGAUGUGUUUGCAGCCUACGGGAGCAUCAACGACAAGUCGCUCGUGGAUGGCUUAAACUUCAGUCUCGGCAACAUGCAGUAUUCAAACCAGCAAUUCCAGCCAGUCAUGGCUAACUAAUGAUUGUUGGCAAAAGGAAAACAAAAGGCGAAGACGCACAACUGUGGAUGUGGUAACAAAGAUCCCUAUUAGUCACUGAUAAGCGCAUGUGCCCAAGGGUGUUUGUUUCACUUUAUUUGAUUUUUUUUUUUUCCUCUCUCUCUCUCUCUCUCUCUUUC